AUGAUAAUCCUAUUCGUCAUCAUUAUAUCAGUCACAUCUCAAAAGAAUUCAAAUCUCGGAAUAUUUGCACAAGAGGAUCUCAUGUUGGCGAAAUGCACUGAACCGUAUCAGAUCUACAUCUCGUCCACCCUAUUCAACGUGUCUGGUCACGAGAUUCUCGAUCCAAUUUUCAUGAAAAAGUUCUCGGAAUUCACAAAGAAUGUUUCGACGUGUAUUGGUCCGAAUGUUGUCGGCAACACUGCCCGUCACUAUCGAUUCUUCCUGGAUGCUCUCGCAUUUAUCGGAGAGACAUUGUACCGCCCAUCUGUUUUCAGGUGUUUACACAAUAUGUCCCCAAAAAUCAAUUAUUGCUUCCAAGCGAACACGCACAUUUAUUACGAAAAUGUUGUGAGAAUAAACAAGAAGAAAACGAGUGAUUUCAAGACUAUCGUGGAUUGUGUAAUUGAAGAGAUGAAGGUAGAUCAAAUGUGUAGAAACAAAGAAACGAUCCAAUCGAUUGGUAGAUCAAUGAAUGCAAUUAUUCUGGUGGCUCAACAGUUCAAAUAUUUCAAAACGGGAAGAAUGAGACCGAUGGUUUUUAAUCCCGAGACACUUGGGUAG